AUGCAGUCUGUUUACAGAUUGGUAUCGACUGUAAAUCAAUUUUACAGAGAAAUAAAUCCUUCGACGCUUUCAGGUGCUAUUGAUGUCAUCGUUGUUCAACAACCUAAUGGUGAUCUUGCAUGUUCGCCAUUUCAUGUCAGAUUUGGGAAACUUUCCGUUUUGAGGCCGCAAGAAAAAAAGGUUGAAAUGACCGUUAAUGGCAAAGUCGUUGAUUUUCCAAUGAAGAUAGGUGAAGCGGGUGAAGCAUUUUUUGUUUUCGAGACUGAUAAGAUGGUCCCAGAGGAAUUUCAAACGUCUCCACUUACAGGACCUACUCAACCUACCUUAAAUGAAGAGCCCGAUUUUCUUGAUUUAAGCGCUUCAAGCUCUCAAAACUUACCGGUUUCGAAAGAGAGUGCUCCAAUUUAUGAUUUUGGACGUAAUAAUGUUCUUGGAAAUGAUUUUGGCACAGAAGAAGGGGCUUCCGAUCCAGAAAACAUUGCUGAUUUAUCUGCAAUUUCACAAGAUGCAGUAGUUGCUGUUGGUUUCUCAUCAGAUGAUGAAACAAACGCAGGAAAAGUAGUUAUACAGGUUGAUCCUGCUACCCCGGAAAUCGAAGGAAAAAAUUUAAUUAAACAGACGAAUUUAAAUAUUAUAGAAGAAAUUAAUUUAGAACAGGAUUUAAAAUCUGAAUAUGAUUCCGGAUCAAAUAUAAUAUUACCUGAAAAGAGCGAAAUGAAUGGAGUGCCUGACCAUAUCCCUCAUGAAAUACGAGACGAGGGUGUCGAACACGAUACUGUCCAAACAAAUGAUACGUCUUAUGAUGAUUUGUCCUCAACAAUUGAAACUCGAUCUGACUCGCAUUCUGAAUCUAAAAUUGAUGAUGUUAUGACUCGACAAUCAUCCGUUGAUGGUGAACUGCUUGAAGACGAGAAAUUAAAUAAUGAAAGGUCCUUAUCAAUGCCGUUGAUUCAUUCAAAUUGGGGAAAAUCUGAAGGUCCCUUUUCUGACACUGAGCUGGAUGACCCUCGGAAACCUGAAAAAAUGUCAGAACGACGCAUACAUGGAACUAGUCCUUUAAGCGAUACAGAAUUAGAGUAUGAACCUGUAAAGCAUUCAAAGAAUGCUGAAGAAUGGUCAUGGCGCUGGGGGGCGCUACCUGUCAGAAAAUCUGAUGAAAUGGAACGUUGGCAAGAAAGUCCUGGCAGCAAGGAAUGGAAAGAUCCUGAAAAACAAGUUGAAAAUACAUCUGGUGUUCAUAUUGGUGAUAAAACUUAUUCUUUUGAAAUGUCUCUUUGCGGUGGUGAUAAUUUUGGAAAGGAUGAGAAAACAGAUGCUGAGUUGUUUCAUAAGCAUUUAAUCUCUUUCGAACAUUUUAUGAAGAAUCCCCAACUUUUAAAUGAUAAGGCGCUGGUUUUUAAAUAUGAAAACCGAUACCUUACAUGGGCUACAGCAGCUCCACUAAUUAUAUCUCUUGUCGUAUUCAAACAACCACUUCCUGACUCUUCCAUGGCACUUUUGACUAGUGAUAAUUCUGAAGAUAAACGGAGAUAUAGCUUACGAGGAUUUAGUCGAUGGUGGAACCGUUCCAGUUCAAAGUCUGCAGACACUAUAAAAGAGAAUAGUGAAGACGAAGCACAGAAUAAUGAAAAAAAUGAAAAUACUAGUAAACCUCAAGAAGAAAACCAGUUUUAUGCCAAAACGCUCCGUCUAACAUCAGAGCAGCUAAAAAGCCUUAACCUUAAGAAGGGAGCAAACACCAUGACAUUUACUGUUCAAACCUAUUAUCAAGGCAAGUCUACAUGCGUAGCAAAAUUAUUCUAUUGGGAUAAUGAUACACAGAUUGUUAUCUCAGAUAUCGAUGGAACUAUUACGAAGUCGGAUGCUCUUGGUCACGUAUUUACAAUGAUCGGUAAAGAUUGGACGCAUUAUGGUGUUGCAAAAUUAUAUUCAGAUAUCCAUAAAAAUGGUUAUCAAAUUUUGUAUUUAACGAGUAGAGCUAUCGGGCAAGCGCAUUAUACUAGAGAUUAUUUAGAAAAAGUAAAGCAAGAUAAAUAUCAAUUACCUGAUGGUCCAGUAAUUAUGUCUCCUGAUCGUUUAUUAACAGCUUUUCACAGAGAAGUAAUAAUGCGUAAACCUGAAGUUUUUAAAAUAGCGUGUUUACGUGAUGUGAAAAAGCUAUUUGGAGAUAGAAAUCCUUUUUAUGGUGGAUUUGGAAAUAGGAUAACUGAUGCUUUGUCUUAUCGAAGUGUAAAUGUUUCAUCCUCAAGGAUAUUUACGAUUGAUCCAAACGGAGAAGUAAAAUUAGAAUUAUUAUCAGGAUAUAAGUCAUCUUAUUUUGAUUUGAGUGAUUUGGUUGAUCAAAUGUUUCCUCAUAUUGGUAACAAAUGGGAUACAGUUUACAAUGAUUGGAAUUAUUGGAAACCUAAUUUACUAGAAAUUGAAUUACCUCCAGAAAUAUAUGAUGUGUCACCACCAAAAAGUCCAUCUAAUUCACCGAUUUUAGGUAGCAAUGAUCUCCCAAACAAACCAUUACGCAUACAAACUGCUCCUGGAAUACUUGAAUCCUCUGUCUUAGCUUCUUCCACAGGACUACCUGAUACAGAUAACCAAUAUGAUGAGGAUGAUAGUGAUUUUGAAGAAGACAUACCGGCAGAAGAAGACAUACCGGGAGAAAUUGAUUUAAGGGACUAUCCAUAUUGA